UUCUUCAUUUAACCUAAUACGAACAACUUUUUUAGCCAUCUGAUCAAAGGUAUUUUCAUACGUCUACCAGAUCAGUGAGGUUGAUGAGAAUCUAAAGCUUUCACAGUAUUCCAGGGUAUAACGCCUUGAACGUGAUAUUUACGGAACACCCUGUAUCGUUCUUCUGGCUUAGCUACUUCGCCUACAGACUAACAAGAGAAUCGCACUAUUUUUAAAUCCUUAAUCAAUUCAUAGUUCAGAUAUCCUUGAAUGAAGAAAAAACAAGGAAGCUCGACUGUUCUUUGUGUAUUCAUAACGUGGAAUCAUCGAAAUCGCAUGCACAGAAUGUUAUUUCAUUUCUAUCUCUGUGUAGUGAAGCAGUAAGGUUUAAAAUCACUUUCACUUUACGCUACAUCUGGAAUUUGUAAACAUUUAUAAAUAAUAUGCGAGAUAUUGUUUUAUUAGUGCAUCUCGGCGUUGUUCAGUGAUCAAACUGUGGGUAACUGGUUGACCUCAAAAUGGACCUCAAUCCAAAGAUCAUCCCAGACGUUAUCCUGGACCUUUCGUAUUGCAAGAAGUGCCUCAGGUAUCUGUCGGUCAGCCCUAUAGGAAUCCACGAAAAUGGAGGAAAUAUAUGUGGACGGUGCAUUGCAAACAAAGAAAUGAUACCAAGUUCUACGCUUUUUAUAUGCGAUCUGAAUUUCGUCACGCCCGAAGACAUACCUUUUGGUAUUUUGGGUCACAUAACUAGAGACAGCCUCUUUCCUUGCAUCAACAGAUUCGACGGCUGCCGGGAAUUGCUGAGUUUUUCUGGGAUCGAGCGGCAUGAAGAGAUUUGUAGAAAAAAGGUGCAUCUAUGUCCCUGUGGUUUUCGGGGGAUCGGGUCUCAAUUGGUGGUGCAUUUCAAGACAGUCCAUAACAAGUUCCUUUGUGAAGAAGACUCACGCUUCAGUUUGGAUAUGAGCAAAGACUUUAGUGACGUGUAUUUGUAUAGGCAGGAAGACAUGUUGUUUUUGAUACGAACCGAAUAUGUUAAAGAGACGAAUCAGCAUUUUUUAGAGACAAAGUGUUUGAUUGUAGAAAACGCGAAUGUUAGGAUACGUGUUGAAUUAGAGACGUUGUACCAAGAAAAAAUUUCUGUAUUGUCGGAUAUUGUUAGUAUUUUCAGUGGUGCGACUUUUAGUAUUACGUUAAAGAUCGACGAUGUCCACAUUUGUGAAGCUGCUACAUUGAAAUGUGAUUAUAAAAUAUUGAUUAUACGGUGACGACGUAUCUAUCGUACUUUAUUCCUCACGUAUAGUAACCUGAAAAUUAUCCAGAUCGCCUAUAGAGACAAAACUUUGUCUCCCUUGGUUAAACAAAAAAAUUAUUUUUUUCAUUUUUUGUGAUAUAUCAACAAUUUCCCAAAAUUAGGCAUUCAUGUCUGAAUAAUUACAAAACUUUCGUGAGAAAAGCAAGAGAAUUUGAUUGAUUCUCGUGGUGUAUACUUAAAUUAAGCAGAUACCAUCAUAAAAAAUACUAAACACAAUAAAACGAAAACUUGAGAGGUAUUCGUCUUCAACUUAGAACAAAACUGUGUCUAUCUUUAAAUACCGCUACUAUAAUAAUCUGUCCAAAAAGGUAUUAUAUACUAAGUGACAUAUAAAUCCGAACACCC